AUGAGGACUGUUCGCCGUGCCUUGCCCCUCGUUCUGAGAUUUGCCAGGCGCAACUCCCAUCUGCUCAUCGGAGGCUCUCGUAGACAUGCACCAUCGAACUUUGUUGUUCUGGCAGGCGGCUUUGAUUUUGGGGAAUCGGUGGAGUUGUGCGACGCGAGCCACGCGUUCGGGAGUCUUGCCGCUCACGAAUCGGUUUGGGGUCCUGAGAGCUUCUGGGGGACGCGGGGACACGGAGAGUGGGUUUGGGCGAAGGGCCUCUCCUUGCAUGCUAUUGGCUAUAGUAUUGACGAGACACUUUUCUGGCCGACGAUCGAAGAGAACAUUCUUGUUCUUACUUCGCCUCUCGGAUCGAUUGCCGGACGCUCUUUGCCGACAUAUACGGGACUGCGUAUCAAUAGCUUCGAGGCGAGCAGAAGGCUCAAUGUGUCGUGGGCUUGGGCUUUGGGCACCUCCGUGUCCAGCAAGAAGGGGCUGCUGCAAUAG